CUGCAACCACCUAGCAUAGAUUCGCGUUGGUGCCGCUGUUUUGUCCUUGGAACAAAUAUUUUUCAUCAUCAACGGGAAAAAUUAAAAAGCAGACAUAAAAGUUAUAGGAAUCAAUUCAGUCGUCAGUUCUUGCAUUCACCUCAUCACUUUUUCACAAAUUUUUUAAACUAAUAUCACUCCAUAAUGACCAGCGACACAAACUCUAAUAGUUCAUCAUCCCAGUCCUCAUCUGAACAAGAAAGGAAACGUAAAUUACACAAAAAAGUUAAAAGGAAAUCGGAGAAAAAAUCAAAAAAACAUAAAAAAGAUAAAAAGAAAAAGAGCCACAAGGAAAAGAAACGUUCACAUAAGGAGAUAAUUAGUUCUGGUGAAGAAGACAACUUACAAAUCCACAAACCUUUUGCAUCCCAAAUAAGACAAGAAGAGUAUGUGAACAUCAAUGAAGCAGCUGAUACAUUUGGUCCUGCUCUACCUCCACACUUAUUAAAUAAAAACAAAAACGAUGAUAACACACAAACUUUGGUUAUAGGCCCCACAAUUCCUAAAGAACUAUUGGGAAAUUUAGAACAAUUUGAAACUCAGAACGAUGUAGCAGAACAAUUGUCACCACAUGAAUUGCCCAACUGUGAAUCGGAGUCGGAAAGUGAUGGGGAAACUCUGCAAGGAUCUUAUGGACCAAUACCGGUCACCAAUGAACGUGAAAUGACAGCAGCCCAAAUUAAAUUGGAACAACGAGCAUUAGAACUUAAAAUGGCUGCUAUAGAUGGCAUGAACGCAACAACGACAGAUCAAAAAGUACGUGAAGAAUGGAUGUUGGAAUUACCCGACGUAGGAUUAAAAGGUGGUUUGGCAGCGUUAAACAAUUUAAAAAGGGGGUUCCAUCAAGGCAAAGAGAAGCCAGACUUUAGCGAUAGGUCUUCUUGGACAAAAACACCUCAAUCGGGCAACGAUAAGGAAAAACCUACAACUUCGAAAAAUUCCAAAGAAGAAUUGGAGCAAGAAGCUCAGGACAUGUAUGAAAAACAACGAGAUGCUGAGCAGGAAGCCAUUGCUAAGAAGCACAAAAAGAAACAUAAACGUGACGAGUCAUUAGUGACGAUUCACCAAAAGAAAUUACGCAAAGAGGAAAAGAAAAAGGCCAAGGAAUUAAAAGAAAGUGGCGCUAAACCCGAAAGGCGUCCAUUUACACGCGAUGUUGAUCUUAAAUUAAACAAAAUCGAUCGAAAUCAAACAAAGCAAAUUGUGGAUAAAGCCAAAAUCUUAAAUACAAAAUUUUCGAGUGGUCAUUCAAAGUACCUUUAAUUUUACAUACAAUAUAUUUUAUUUAUAAGAAUGUGUAUUUGUGAGUUCGUAACUUAAAAAUUAUUUUGAUGAUAAAUAAAUUUUUCAAUAUUUUCAUACAUAAA